AACAGGGCGAAGAAGGUUCUUUCCUGCAUUAACAAAAGCCAGCACUUGCAGAAGCCAGCCAACAAGACAGCCUCUCCCUCUCUCUCUAAUCUCUCUCUCUCAGUCUGUGAAACCAUUCUGUUUAUUCUCUCUUCUUAUUGUGCAAAAACCUCUCAACCUUCCGCUGCUCUAUAUUUUCACUACUUCUGUUACCAACUUUGAUGUCUUCUAUUCCAAAGGAACAUGAUUACAUAGGCUUGUCAGAGACUCCUUCAAUGGAAAAAAUCUCUGACAAGCUCUCCUCUUCCUCCUCUACCCUCUCCACUGAAGAGAAUAUCAACAGCAACAGCAACAGCACCAAUACUUCUCUCAACUUGAAAGAAACUGAGCUAAGGCUUGGCUUGCCAGGGUCUCAGUCUCCAGAGAGAAAACUAACACUACCUGCAGCUGGGGUGUCUCUUUUUGGAAAAGAUAUUGACACCAACAACACUAAUGGUUAUCCUCUUAGGCCGCUAAAGAAUUUAGUGUCAGGAACUAAGAGAGGUUUCUCAGAUGCCAUUGUUGGGUCUUCUGGGAAAUGGGUUUUCUCUGGGAGUAAUGGAUCUGAAGUUGAUUUGGGUAAAGGAGCUAUUUUGUUUUCUCCCAGAGGUGAUAAUGGUAAUUCCCAGAAAUCAUGUGUUGCAGGACCUGCCAAGAAAGAUGAUGUUGCUCAAUCUCCAAAGCCAGUUCAAGAGAAAAUCAGCCAAGUGGCUGCUGCAAAUGAGAACAGCAGUGCUCCUGCUGCAAAGGCACAGGUGGUAGGAUGGCCACCAAUUCGCUCAUUCCGGAAGAAUACCAUGGCCUCUAGUUUGGUGAAGAACAAUGAAGAUGUCGAAGGCAAAUCAGGAUAUGGUUGCCUGUACGUAAAGGUUAGCAUGGAUGGUGCUCCAUACCUUAGGAAGGUGGACCUUAAAACUUACAGCAACUAUCUGGAACUCUCAUCUGCUCUUGAAAAAAUGUUCAGCUGCUUCACCAUUGGACAAUGUGGUUCUCAUGGGCUGCGAGGGCAAGAUGGUCUAACUGAGAGUCGUUUGAAGGAUAUUCUUCAUGGUUCUGAAUAUGUUCUCACAUACGAAGACAAGGAUGGUGAUUGGAUGCUUGUUGGUGAUGUCCCUUGGGAUAUGUUUACCAACUCGUGCAGGAGAUUGAGGAUCAUGAAAGGUUCCGAAGCAAUUGGACUUGCCCCGAGGGCCAUGGAGAAAUGCAAGAACCGGAAUUAGCGAGAAGAGUGCAUGAAGUCAUGAAGCUUAAGAAGGAUGUUUUCUAGAUUUUAAGAGAGCCUUAUAGUGUGUUGAGGUGAGCUCUUUGCUCAUGAAGCAUGAUGUGCUUGGAAAUUUUAUUUAGUGUAUGGGAGAAAAAAAAAAACUUUUUACUAGAGAGAGGAUGUCAUUGAACAUGCAUCCAAUUUAUUCUUAAGUUUGUUUACUUUACGUUGUUUUCUUCUUAGCUUUUCUUCUUCCACUUGUACUUUAAUUUGUGUAAAUGAAUGGAUUGCUUGUGGGUAUAAA